AUGACACUACAACAACUCAAAGGCAGCCUUUGGCCACCAUCAAUACCCCAGUACACAAAACUGCCAGAAUACAAGGACCUACCAGCCAUGGACAACGAACAGCAUUCCCCACCUCAAGCGACAGCACCCACAGUACACAAAGUCAUCAUGUUCUGCCGGAUCACGCUCGCUACGCUCUGCGCUAUCGCUCUCAUCGUCUUUGAAGUCGUCGAUUACCGUGGUCGCAAAAUCAUCGAGACCGAGCUCGGAUCUAUUACGAAGAACGUCGCUACAACUCUUUGUCACGACCUUAUCACCAUCGCUACACUCUGCGUGAUCACACUCAUCACAUUCGAAGUCGUCGACUAUCAAAACAAGAAACUUAUCGAAACCGAACUCGGGUCUAUCGCCAAAAACGUCGCUACAAGCCUAGGCCAUGACCUAGUCAUGGCACUCUUGGAGGAAUUCAUGCGCACGAAUGGCAUGGGAGUUCCACGGAGAUUCCUUUCAUUGAUCGCGGGACCUUUAAUGUCUACCGGUUAA